UUUGUUCAAAAAUGAUAACAGCCUGGUGGAUCUUUGUAACCUAACAAUAGAUGUGAGGGGCGGAGCUAGACGCCAUUGCUUCAUACUUUUUUUCUACAAUCUCAUUGGUGGAUGCGGCUGUAUGAUACCAUGCCAUUUACAAGAUUUAUAAGGGAUGAAAUCAACGGAUGUGCGUGUGUGUCCUAUAUAAGAUGCUGCAAAAAGUUGUAACACUUACAGUUUCCAAUUGGAAUUGCAACAGCUAGGAGUGUUAAAACGUUGCCGCUGUUCGGAUUUUGCAUCUUGUUUUCUUCCAAUUCGGAUAUUCCUAAUAGAAACCCACAAAUACUGGAUUUCUAAAACUGGACGCCAUGGUGUAUGAUAUGACACAAAAUCAUUUGGUGCCACCACAAAAUAUUGCCGUGGGCCGUUAUUAUUUACAGGAUUUACAGAAUGUGGAGAAUCAGGACUAUGCAGCCUUUGAUUUUGACAAAAGAUAUCAGGCGCGUAUGGUUUGUGAAACACCGCCACCACAGUCGUCAACAUCAGUAUCUCAAUCUUUACCCCAACCUCCACCAACACCAGCUCCUCGUAGGCGUACCACACCCAUAACUCACUUAGAUCCAGCGGAGUUGGUGGGACUUUCACGAGAAGAAAGACGCCGUAGAAGACGUGCAACAUUAAAAUAUCGUACCGCCCAUGCAACAAGAGAACGUAUACGAGUGGAGGCGUUUAAUGUAUCCUUCGCCGAGUUGAGAAAAUUAUUACCUACUCUACCACCGGAUAAGAAGCUAUCAAAAAUUGAAAUACUAAAAUUGGCUAUAUGUUAUAUUGCAUAUCUCAAUCAUGUUCUGGAGACACCAUGAGUUGAUGGACAUUAUUUUAAGUGAGUUUAAGUAAAAAAACACACAAUUCGGAAAUCAAACACAGAGAAUGUAAUGAUUGAGAAGAGAGUUGUUCUGCUCUGUUCCAGAACUGCAAGAAUGUAGAAGUUUUUACUACUAUAACCGAUUUAUGAUAUCGAAGAAAAUUGCAAAACUCGUAGAUUCUUGCAGGUACUGAAACAGAAUGACAAUUCCCAUUUAUUCUAAUUCAACGUAGGCAGUUUGUCGCAAGGGAAACUAAGAUUUUGGAGGAGAUGACAGAAGAAAAAUUGGAAUUACCUCCUCUAUUUUUGUUUUCAUGAAAUGCGCUAUUAUAUCCGCCCCAAUUGCUACGUGUAAAUGGGGGAUAAGAAGAAUGGUUUUCCUAGUAAAAACUUUCUCUGUGUGAUUUCCGAAUAAUAUUAGUUUAAAUAUUUACAUUAAGGACAAUUUUCAGUUUGUGGAUUCCUGUUAUGUGAUAUAAAUAUAAUACGUUUAAAUGACAUCAUAAAUUAUUUUACCCAUUUUUAUCUUAAUUUUUCUUUGCUAUGACAA